AUGUACGCCAACCAAACGCCGAGCCAGAAAUGCCUGGAGAGGGUCAAGCGUGACCUCGCCGAAUUUCACGCAGACCCGCCGCCGGGCGUCUUCAUGGCGCCCGAGGAGGACAACAUGGCGACAGUCCACGCCGUCGUUAUGGGCGCCGAAGGGACGUCGUACCAGGGCGGCUUCUUCCACCUGCUCAUGAAGUGCACGAACGAUUAUCCAAUGUCGCCACCGAAAGUUCGCUUCAUGACGACCGACGGCUGGCGCGUGACGUUCAGCCCACACAUCACUGCGAGCGGCCACAUCUGCCUGAGCCUGCUGGGCACCAUGAUCGGCGGGCAGCCAUGGACCCCCGCGCACAACCUGUCAACGGUGGCCGUGUCCAUCCAGUCGAUGUUGGACGACAAUAUCAACUGCGUCGACGCGGCUUUCGAGCACGUUCUAUUCGGCUUCUGGGGUUCGGGCUGCUGGAAGAGCAUACGGUACGAUACCCUCCGGGUGGCUGUGUGUGGUACGAUCGAAUCGUGCCUCGAAAACAGCUGCCCUUUCCCAGCUGUUCUGCGAGACCAGCUGCUCGCCAAGUUCACCGAAGACUUCGCGAAAUACGAGACGGCGGCCAAAGAGGAGUUGGCCAACAACCAGGGCGGGAUUCUCGCUUGGUUGGGCGCAGAGAACAAGUACCAGGCGCUGUUGACAAGGUUGCAAAAGCUGAAAGAGAGGGUCGACGAGCGUAACGAGGCAAACAAUGUCGCCGCCGCCUCUUGA